GAGACGGGUAUGUCCUUAGAGUGCAUAGAAUACCGGCAGCCGGUCUACGCGAUCAAGGGCAGUUCAGUUCAAAGACCAACCAACCAGUGCUGCUGCAACAUGGCAUACUCAUGGUGAAAUUUUCUUUGUUUUUUCUUACUUGUAAUUAAGAUCAGUUCGAGGAUCAAAUCUCAUGGCCACUUUGAAGUUCAAGCGUCUUAUUCCUUGAAGACUGCAAAAGGUGGCAAGCUCGUUGUUAGAGUUGAAUGUUGCAUCAUAUAUCCAUCCAAGUCCCAAAGUAAGCAGAAAUUUUAAACGCACAAGGGUAUGAACCUUGAGGGUUUUACACCAAAUGCUGUUUUUCCUUACAUUUACAUUCAGGAGUGCAGCCGAGCCGAGUGGGGCCCGCAGGGGCCUUGGCCACCCUUAAUUUGUUUUUUAAUUUAUAUGUAAAAUUUUAAAAAUAUCACUUGUCGUAUAUAAAAAUUUUGAAAAAUGAUAUUUUGGCUCUUGUCAAAAUUUGAAAACUUUAACUUGGUCCCCUUUAUAAAAAAUUUCUGGCUUCUACCCUACUUACGUUUAACAUAUUUUUUUAGUAUUCAUAUAAAGUUUUAUUAUUUUUACAACUGGAUCGAGUACUCUAUAAAAGAACUGGUAUAAAAUUUUAAUAGCUUUUAUAACAUUAUAUUUGAUAUGGAACACUCAAUAUUUUUCGCUGUUUGUCAAUUUUUGCAUGCAGCAUUCUUUUUGGUUAAUAAAAGGGGAAGGGAACCCGUUCUCCCAGGGAGCUUGCACCGGAAAUUCAAUACUUCUCACAAAAGUAACUUAGAUUAGUGUUGAUAUGUUCUAAAGAUUGUAGGAUGGUAUGUCAUGGCUACUAGCCCCACCACAACAAUCCUUGGCAAUAAUCUUAGCAGAAAAUGGAUUCGAUGUGUGGAUUGCCAACUCGCGGGGAACCCGGUGGAGCAGAGGCCACACAUCAUUGAGCCCAGAUCAACCGGAAUACUGGGCAUGGUCAUGGGACCAAUUGGCUCAAUAUGAUCUCCCCACCGUCGUCAAUUUUGUACACGAAGUCACUGGACAGAAGCUGCACUACGUUGGUCAUUCCCUCGGGACACUGAUCGCCUUGGCAUCCUUCUCGGAGCACAAGCUGGUGGAGAAGGUGAGGUCUGCUGCCUUGCUCUGCCCAAUUGCCUACCUGGGCCAUAUCACCACAAUCCUCGGCCAAGUUGCUGCCAACUCCUUCAUUGGCGAGAUGACCGGAUGGCUGGGCGUCGUCGAAUUCAAUCCUAAGAUUGAAGCUGUUGACAAUUUCAUCAAGGCCAUAUGUAGGCAGCCUGGGAUUGACUGCUAUGAUCUGAUGCCUGCUUUCACAGGGAAAAAUUGCUGCCUCAAUGCUUCCACUGUUGAACUCUUCCUGCAGAAUGAGCCCCAGCCCACAUCCACCAGGAACUUUGUGCACUUGGCUCAGAUGAUUCGAGGUGGCGACAUAACGAUGUAUGACUACAGCAGCGUGAAUGAAAACAUGAAGCACUAUGGGCAGAAGGAGCCUCCAGCAUAUAACAUGUCUAACAUUCCAAGUGACCUUCCAUUGUUCCUCAUCUAUGGCGGCCAAGAUGUGCUGUCCGACAUAUUUGACUUGCACCUCCUGCUGGACUCACUCAAGUUUCACCAGAAGGACAAACUCACUGUCCAUUACAUUCACAACUAUGCUCAUGUAGAUUUCAUCAUGGGCAUCAAUGCCAAACAGCUGGUCUAUGAUCAUGUUGUUGCCUUCUUCAUGCGCCAACAAUGAAGUUCAUCCUUCAUAUCUGAAUCCAAGGGUAAGCUCAUUGUGCAUACUGAACCAACCACAAACACCCAUUAAGUCUCUUUCUGUCUUCUUGUUUCUGUGUAUGAAAGGAACUCUAGAGCAAAGCACGACAGUCGCGAGCAAUUUAAAGUGCUAAGUAAGUAGAAUAAAUACAUAUCUUGGGAAAACAAUGUAAAAUGUUUUGUUCGCUCAUCUUCUUAUAUAAGAAACCAUUUAGGAAGAUGUAUGAGAAAA